AUGGAACAAUUGCACAAAUUGCAGGCAACCAUAUUCCAAAAUGCACCCACGGCUCCAGAUGGGCGGACAGAUGCCGAAGCUGCGGCGACGCCCUCGGUCAAUCAGACGUCGCUGUUGCAUGAUUUAACUCAUCUAGGUCGAGAUAACGCUGCCACGUUGGUCCAGGCCUUCAACACAUUGAUCUCAGGAAAGCCCUUGAACGACAAAGAGCUGUUGCUCGAGCAUGGCGUGCACAUGCUGCAAUCGCUCCCGCCCAACAGCGGACUGGGUGCGGACGCCGCUGGUCAGUUCAUCAAAAUGCUAUGGGACGACUUGCCCCACCCACCAGGAACCGUGGCUGGCCCUACGACGAGAUACAGGAGGCACGACGGAGGGAACAACAAUCUCUGGGAUCCCGAGUUGGGAAAAGCAGGCUCGCCCUACAGCCGAAGCGUGCCGCCUGUGAAACCAAAAGGCCCUAACUUGCCGGACGUCGAACUCGUCUUCGAACAUCUGCUCCGGCGAAAAGAAGGCUCGUUUCGCAAACACCCAUCCGGGCUAAACAGGUUGUUCUUCUCCUUCGCCACGGUCGUCAUACAUGAGUGCUUUCAGACCUCAAGGGGGAACAAUUGGCAAAACGAAACGUCCAGCUACGUCGAUCUCAGCACACUCUACGGAAACACCAGCAAGGAACAAGAACGAGUACGGACGUACAAGAACGGCCUGAUCUAUCCAGAUUCGAUUGCCUCGGAGAGGAUCAUGCUGAUGCCACCGGGCGUCAUUGCCGUAUUGAUGAUGUUUUCCAGGAACCACAACCAGAUUGCUGAAACGCUCUUGUCUAUCAAUGAGCAAGGGACGUAUGGUCCAUGGGAUAAACUGAAAGAAGAGGACCAGAAAAAACAAGACGAGGACAUUUUCCAGCUGAGCAGAAACAUUAACGUCGGUUUCUUCGCCUCUGUGGUGCUGAGAGACUACGUUGCUGCCAUCUUAAACACUCCCCGAGCCAAUUCGGAGUGGUCGCUCAACCUGGGAGAAGAGAUCAGGUCUGCACAGGUCGGACGUGUACCGAGAGGCUUGGGUAACGCCGUCUCGGUGGAGUUUGCAGUUCUCUACCACUGGCAUGCUGCCCUGAGCGCUGCCGACGCGAGGUGGAUGGAAGAUGUCAUCAAGGGGAAUCUUCCACAGAUCAAGUCCAUUGAUGAAAUGACUCCGGCGCUCUUCUGGCAGAUGACGGGGAAAAUCACCAAGGAGCUGACAUCCAAGCCUGCUCGUGAAUGGACAUUUAAUAACUUGACGCGCGGUCCGGAUGGACGCUUCGACGACGCCGAGCUGGGCCGUCUCAUCAAAGACUGCAUCGAGGAGCCAGCUCACGCAUUCGGGGCCAAUGGGACACCGGCCAGUCUGAAGGUGGUGGAUCUCAUGGGCCAGCUUCAGGCCAGGGAGAUCUUCAACACCUGCACGCUGAACGAGUUCCGGAAAUACCUCAACUUGACGGCAUACAAGAGUUUCUCGGAAUGGAACGAGGAUCCGGAAGUGUCUCGAGCGGCCGAGCUCUUAUACGGCCACAUUGACAAUCUUGAACUAUAUCCCGGUCUGCAGGCAGAGUGUACCAAGCCGCCAAUGCCAGGCAGCGGUGUCUGUCCUGGCCAAACAACCGGACGUGGCAUCCUGGAUGAUGCCGUUGCUCUGGUGCGAGGCGACCGUUUCCUCACAUACGAUUUCAAUAGCACCACCCUGACAAACUGGGGCGUGUCCAAACUCGCGGAUCUCCCGGGAGGCGCCUACGGAGGCAUACUCGCAAAGCUGAUCUUCAACGGCCUCCCUGGAGAGUUCACCGGCACAUCCACAUAUGCUUUGAUGCCGUUCUACACACCAGAGGCCGUCAAGGGCAUCCUCGAAGGCAACAAGGUGGUGGCCAAGUAUGACCUUCGGAGACCUCCACCAAAUGUGAUGAAGCUUGUCGGCAUCCACACUCAAGAAGGUGUCAAGAAGGCCUUUGAAGACCGAGAUACUUUCCACGUUAUGUAUCAAACCGCCAUCCGCAACUGCACCGAUGGCCACGAAUUUAUGAUCGGCUGGGACGACCAAGCCCGCCACGACCCCCGUUCCGUCAUCCUCCACAAGGUCUUCUUUGAGGAGAAUUUCGAGCAGAACCUGAAGCAGUAUUUCCGCGAAACCGUCAGGAGCCUCAUCCACAAGAGCACCCUCAAGUAUCCCGACCAUCGCAGAUCGAUCGACAUCGUCCGUGAUGUCUGUAACGUCACGCCCAUCAUGUGGCUCGCGCGCCGGUUCGCCAUCCCCAUCAAGGAUGCGGCCCACCCUCGCGGCUUGGUCACCAUUCCGGAAUUAUUCGACAUCUAUCUGGUUCUGUUCAUGUACCAGAGCUUCAACAUCCUGCCGGUCAACGAGUGGAAGUUGAGAGAGACGGCCGAGACGGUUGCGCCGAUCUUGAGACAGAUCUUUACAGCCCACUUCCGGACGCAACGUGGUCUGACGGAGUACAUUGUGGACUGGCUGGCGAAGGGUACGGCGUACGAGGUCGGACCCGACGCAGACCAGUUCUACCACGCGAUGAACAAGACGGGAUUGGACGUGGGUGACAUGGUGGGUGAUUGCAUUGGCAUGGGCGCUCCUGUCGCGGGCAACAUCACCCAACAAGCGUCCCUCCUCAUCGAUCUCUACCUGAGUGAGGGGUAUGAGCAAUACAAGGCGCGGAUCGUGGAGCUGGCGCAGAAGGAAGACGAAGCCUCUGACAAGGAGCUGCUCGGGUUCGUGUUUGAAGGCAUGCGCCAUGCCGGAGUCGUGCCCGGUCUCCCUCGCGUCGCCUCGAAGGACGUCACAUUCGAGGACGGCGCACGCGGGCCCAUACACAUCAAGGCCGGCCAAUACGUGCUCAUCGCGACGUCCUCUGCCGCGAUGGACCCUGUUGCGUUCCCAGACCCUGAGAAGAUCGAUCCGCACCGCCCCAUGUCAUCGUACACCCUGCUGGGACACGGCAUGCACUACUGCUUCGGCGCGCGGCUGAUCGGGCCGGCACUCGUCGCCACGCUCAAGGAGGUCUUCCGCCUGAAGAACCUCCGUCGCGCCGAGGGUCGUCUGGGUCGCUUCAGCGUGAUCGCGCAGGACAUUGCGGGUGUCAAGGCCAAGAUCUACCUCGACGCGAACGCAAAGGAGUCGCCCAUCCCGACGACCUUGCAUCUGUUGUACGAUGAGUGA